CCUGUUUCAGACUGGAACUUUUUCCGGUUGGAGACGUGGCUCUGCUUUUCUGUACCGCUGCAAGUCUGAUUGCGUGAGCCUCACAAGAAAUAAACAAAGACCGUGUUCUAUUAAUCAGCCCGUUACUGUUUUUGAAAGCAAUUGAGUAUCUUGGCUGCGGAAUUAAGCACGUUAAGACGGAUCCAAAAUGGUGCUCUUGGCAGCUGCAGUGUGCACCAAGUCAGGAAAAGCCAUAGUGUCACGGCAGUUUGUAGAGAUGACCCGCACUCGCAUCGAGGGUCUCCUGGCUGCCUUUCCUAAACUGAUGAGCACAGGGAAGCAGCACACCUUUGUAGAGACAGAUAGCGUGCGCUAUGUCUAUCAGCCAUUAGAGAAGCUCUAUAUGGUUCUCGUCACUACAAAGAACAGCAACAUUCUGGAGGACUUGGAGACACUACGGCUCUUCUCCCGUGUGAUCCCCGAGUACUGCCGUGUGUUGGAAGAGAGUGAGAUCUCUGAACACUGCUUCGAUCUCAUAUUUGCUUUUGAUGAAAUUGUUGCUUUGGGCUACAGGGAAAAUGUUAACCUGGCCCAGAUCCGAACCUUCACUGAAAUGGACUCGCACGAAGAGAAGGUCUUCCGUGCAGUCAGAGAGACCCAAGAACGGGAGGCAAACGCAGAGAUGAGGCGGAAGGCUAAAGAGCUACAGCAGGCAAGAAGGGAUGCAGAGCGUGCUGGCAAAAAGGCACCAGGCUUUGGAGGUUUCGGAAGCUCAGGAAUGAGCAGCCCAGCUACCAUCAUCACAGACUCGGUGAUGGAACCAGAAAAGCCUAAAUCAGCUCCUAUACCAGUUAGGCCAAGUGGUUCUAGUAAAGCACUGAAGCUGGGUGCCAAAGGAAAGGAGAUUGAUAACUUUGUGGACAAACUCAAGUCAGAGGGUGAAAAUAUCAUGAUACCCAGUGCAGGAAAGAAAGCUUCAGAAGUAUCUAAAGUCCUUCAGCCUCCAGUGAACACAGAAAGUGUACAUCUGAAGAUAGAGGAGAAGAUAUCGCUGACCUGUGGACGGGAUGGUGGGCUGCAGAGCAUGGAGAUCUUGGGUAUGAUCACACUGAGAGUCUCAGAUGAAAAAUAUGGCCGCAUCCGUCUGCAGAUUAAUAACAACGACAAGAAAGGAGUGCAACUGCAGACCCAUCCUAAUGUAGAUAAGAAGCUGUUCACUGCAGAGUCUUUGAUUGGACUGAAAAAUCCGGAAAAGUCUUUUCCCCUAAACAACGAUGUGGGCGUGCUGAAGUGGAGACUACAGAGCACAGACGAGUCCCUCAUCCCUUUAACCAUAAACUGCUGGCCUUCAGAAAGUGGUAGCAACUGCGAUGUCAACAUUGAGUAUGAGCUCCAGGAGGAGAGCCUUGAACUCAAUGAUGUAGUCAUCACCAUCCCUGUGCCGUCAGGAGUAGGCGCCCCUGUUGUUGGAGAUCUUGAUGGUGAGUAUCGCCAUGAUAGCAGGAAAAACAUUCUUGAAUGGUGCCUGCCUGUCAUUGAUGAAAACAACAAGAGUGGAAGUUUGGAGUUCAGCAUAGCUGGGAGGCCAAACGACUUCUUCCCAGUGAACGUCUCAUUUGUGUCUAAACGCAUCUAUUCCAACAUUCAGGUGGCUAAAGUGACCCAGGUAGAAGGGGACAGCCCAGUGAAAUUCUCCAACGAGACUUCCUUUGUUGUCGACAAGUAUGAAAUACUCUAAAGACUUUUAAAAGGAAUGUUUCUAGCCAGCCUGCCUGCCUAUCUGUGUAACAGUUUGGACACAGUACGACCAGAGUGUCCAAAUCUCUCCCAGUGGCGUGCAGUAUUUGUGUAUUUGUUUGUAUGGCAAAGGAAAUUAUAUAUGUUUAUAUAAAAUGAAUCUAAGAGGUAAACGAACCACAUCCUAAUAUGAAUACAGAUGGACCUGGAGCUUUGUGACUUGAGGUCGAGGACACUGCGAUAUCAUCAAACCACAUUGUCUCAUCUUACAGAAUACCCUGAAUCUGGACCUAUGAGUCCUCAUUACCCCUGAAAUAAAUUAUAGGAGGAACUUGAGAGUUGCCCCAGUAUAAUAUAUUUUCUAUGUUGUAACCUUACAGAGCCACACAUUCUUAAAUACUCAACAGAGUGUAUUUAGAAUGACUCGUUUGUACACAAGGGGUUCUCAUUUUGUUUGUCCAAAAUGAAUGAAAUAAGAACAGGAAGUGUUUUUUUUUUUUUUUUUCUUCCUUCUUGAUUCUAUGUUCAUUCACAUCGAACUGAUACUGGCUCUGUUUUGAAAUAUAAAUAGCGUUCACAUUUUCACUGUGUUCUAUAUUUAGGAGGGCAGUUCAAUUUUUUUUUGAGAAACUACUUAGAAUUUUAAAUAUCAAUGCAUAUAAGGCCCAUCCAGGACAAAAUAUUGUUUUCUAUCUGCUUCUUAAAGUAAUUUACUUUCUGCAUCAGUUGUUUUCACAGUAAUACAUCAGUUACCUAAAUCUGCAAGAAUUUCUGUAUGGCAUAUUUCUGGGCAGAAACUGCACCCGAUUUAAAUGUUUUCUUUUGCUCUGAUAGCUGCUACCGGUUAUAAAGAGCUAUAGAGUAUUUUAGAGGUCUAGAGGAAAACACUGACACAGUAAUAGAGGUUUAAGAGGAGCCUUGCUAUUCUUCCUUCGUAUAACCAGUCAUAUGCAAUCCGAAACUCAAAUUUUAUAUCUGCUGAACCAACUUGCACUGGGAAUAAAAUGUUCACUGGUUGCUCUAAAUUUGUCAGUGCAAAUCUAAUGUUGAUUCAAGUGAAAUCUGAUAAAACAGCCAAAUUUGUAAGAUUUUUGCAAAUUCAGGUGCUCAGUACUUGGGUUCUACAUUCAUGUUUUAAAAGAUUUAAUCUAAGCACUUAAAUCAUGCAUUAAUAGUAGGCACACAACAUUUCAUGUAUUUUGUUCAGCUUGCUUUAAGAAUACCAAAACAGUAGAAGUCCUCUGAUAUGUAUUGAUUUUCUUGAGUGGAAAAUAUUUUCUCACUGACAUCAUUUUUGUAUCUUCCCAAAAACUUCAGAUAAUAAUUUUUGAGGGGGUUAUUUUAAUAUCCAAUGGAGAGAUGAAAAUGAUAACAUUCCAGCUUACAAUUACUUGUUUUGAUAUUAAAGCAUAUUGCUUGAA